GAUGAAUCAAUUAGAAAAGGUUCGAGUUGUAGAAAUUGGUGCUGUAUGAACAAAAUAAACAAAAAUUAACAAAACAAAAUGGUUAUAUCAAUCGUCUUUAAAUGUUUUUGGCUUUAAUAUUUUGGUUGUUAUGUUCUUGGAAAAGCUUCUGAUAUCUCUAGGUAUGAAAGGAUUCUCCCGACUGUCGUUAUCGUUCAAAAACAUAUAGCAUAUCUACCAGGAAACUGCACUUCGAACUUUUCCAAACAUAUGAUGCGAUGGUGUCCCUCUCAAGAAGAGAUGGCCCAAUUUUCAAUUUUUCGAAUAGCAGUUAUGAUCAUGUUUUUGUUUGCAAUUUGUUCGAUUACUUUCUAUUUGAGUGACCUUAAGACGUUUUCAAAGUCAAAAUAUAUCGGACCUGCAAUGAGAUCUAACUUCACAGCAAAACCAAAAAGCACCCACAAAACUACAAAGUGUGCCACAAUAGAACGUUUAAAAGGACUCGUGUUAGCUAUUAACUUCAACAGUCCUCACUUCAAAGUAGUACCACAACUGAAAGAAUAUUACGAACCAAUUUUUGGAAAGGUUAUAUUCUGUGGAGAGAAGAAAGACGACACUCUGGGUGUGAUUCAAAUCGAAGAAAACAAAGGUCGACAGGGAUAUAUAUGUGUGGUGACCGCUAUGAAGAUGUACCCCGGGUAUACCGGAUAUAUUCACAGCAAUGAUGAUGUUCUUGUUAACUGGUGGAGGUUAAUAGAUUUCAAUUUUAAAAACAUUUGGCUCUCUUCAAAACUUGAUUACAUAGGCGGUUACGUUUUUACACGAGAGCCUCCAGGUUGGUCAUGGUGGAGAGCCUUUAACACAGCAGCGUUGUGCAAGAAGACGUUCUAUCUGGCCAAGGAAAUGCUGAAAACAUCAAAGCAUACGAAUAUACCAUCAAAUAGAUUGCUCAGCCAAUACUACAAUAACACCAAGAAUGUAGAGCUAUGUUUGGCUUCAUAUGUGGACUUCUUUUACAUACCGCAGGAGUUCGUAUCAUCCUAUAUAAUAUUUGCAGAAUUAUUUGCAAGAGAAAAAGUGUACUUAGAAGCAGCCGUUGCAACGAUAUUUGCGUUCUUCACAAACCAAACCAAUCAUAAUAUAGUGACUAGUUUAUACUUACCAAAUAUAUACGGAUAUUCUAAGAUCUAUGAAAGCGGAGAAGCGUUUUAUAGAAGUUAUAGUGUUGAGUUAGACAUUUUGCAUCCAUUUAAGCUAGAUGGACCUAUGAAUGUAGCCAAUCAAAACAUAUUAAAGAACGUAAUAACAAAGCACGGAGAUAUGCUACGAAGUGGCUGUUAGUUGUAUAUUAGUUAACACUUUUGUCAUAAAAACAAGAGCAACGCUCUUUUAAACUCGGUCACGUAUAUGAAGAAAUGACACCUGGUAGGAAGACAUUUGGUUUUCAGUCAAUUUUGAAUUUUGCACAUUAUCAUAAUUUUUAACGCUUUUUAACGGAAAUAAAUAAUUUUGGAAAUAAAUAUUCCGGAUAGUUUUCUAGCACCGUUUAAAAUAAGAUUUAAAAUUUCUUUUUGACUA